GAUGAGAAACGACUGGCGAUAAAGAAAGCAAAAGAGGAUUUGGAGCAAUGGCUACAGAACCAUCCGAAAGUGCGACCGUCAAUGCGGUAUACGAAGGCUGAGAAAUUAUUCGAAGAUGAGCCGCUUUGGAAGGCUGUACAUGAUAGUGAAAGAAAGGAGAUAUUCCGAGAUGUGUUGGAAUUCGUUGAGAAGCGAGAUAAAGAGAAUGCAAAAACGUUGCGUCGUCGUAACGUGCAGGCGCUCGCAGAUAUUUUAGAGGGAAUGGAAGAAAUAACUUAUCGGACAACGUGGGCUCAAGCACAACGUUUAUUAAUCGAAAAUCCGGCUUUUGCUAAUGACAGCACACUUCAGAAUAUGGACAAAGAGGAUGCGUUAAUCGUAUUCGAAGAUCACAUUCGAACAGCCGAAAAACAUUACAUGAAGGAAAAAGAAAUGGAGGAAAAGCGACGGAAAAGACAAGAAAGAAAAAUUAGAGAAGCAUUCCAAGAAUAUUUACAUGAUUUACAUAAAAGAGGAGAAUUAACAUCAGUUUCCUUAUGGAGCGAUUUAUAUCCGAUAAUAUCGGCAGAUAAUCGUUUUGAUAACAUGUUAACGCAGUGUGGAAGCACGCCAUUGGAUCUGUUCAAGUUUUACGUAGAGGAUCUUAAAUCGCAAUUCGGACAAGAUCGUCGUACGAUUAAAGACAUUUUGAAGGAUUUGAAUGUGACGGUCGAAUUGGAGACAUCGUUUGAUCAGUUGUGCAAUUGGAUAAAUUCGGAUGAGCGUGGCAAGAGUGUUGAUGUUGGCAAUAUGAAACUGUGUUACAAUUCAUUCAUUGAGAAGGCCGAGGCGAAAGAGAAAGAACUGGAAAGGGAGCAAGCCCGAAAGCGUCGUCGUCACGAAACAGCGUUUCGUAACGUUCUGCGCGCUCUCGUGCCACCCGUUGAGCCAACUUCACAAUGGGAAAUCAUUCGAGCGAAGAUUGAGAAUGAAGAGGCGUUCAUUGCCGUCGAAAGUGAAGAACUCCGACAAAAAUUCUUUGCGGAUUACCUGCAAAAUUUGGCAGAAGCAUGUGGUCAUCAUCACGGUACGGGCAAGAAGAAAAAGAAGGNAAGGAUUACCUGCAAAAUUUGGCAGAAGCAUGUGGUCAUCAUCACGAAAGAUUCUGACUCGGAUACCGAAAAUCGUCCAAAGAAAUCUAAAAAGAAGCAUCAUCGUUCAGAUGCAAGUGGUGAUGAAGAGAAAGAUCCAGAACGUAAACGUAAGAAGAAAUCGAAGAAACAUUCCAAAUCUCAAUCACGAUCUCAGUCUCCUUUAGCGGAACCAGUCGAAAAGCACGCAAAAUUGAAACAUUCUUCAUCACGGCAGGAAGAGAGCAAUGAGUCGGAAUUAAGUGAAAGUGAGUUGGUACGCAAACGGAAGGAACUUCUUAAUAAACUCGUCUCGUCACCAUCCAAUAUUCAGUAG